GACAAAAUAUCCGUGUCAUUUCAGGGGUUAGUGACUUUUAUGGAUGUAGCCAUAGACUUCUCCCAAGAAGAAUGGGAAUGGCUGAACCUUGCUCAGAGGAAUUUGUACAGGAAGGUGAUGUUGGAGAACUAUAGGAACCUGGUCUCUGUGGGUCUUUGCAUUUCUAAACCAGAUGUGAUUUCCUUACUGGAACAAGGGAAAGAGCCUUGGGAGGUGAACAGACAGAUGACGAGAGGCCUAUGCCCAGACUUGGAGUAUGUGUGGGUGACCAAGGAGUUAUCUCCAAAGCAGGACAUUUAUGAAGAAAAAUUAUCUCAGGAAAUGCUAUUGGAAAAUCUUACAAGCUAUGGCCUUGAAUAUUCCAUAUUCAGAGAAAACUGGAAAUGUGAAAACCUGUUUGAGAGGGAGCCAAUAAGUCAGAAGACACAUUUUAGGCAAGAGACAAUCACUCAUAUAAAUACCCUUAUUGAGGAAGGGGACCACUCUAACAAAUCUGGGACAAUUUUUCAUCUAGAUGCAAUAUCUUAUAUAAAACAGGUUGUUCCUAUGGAAGAGAGAAUAUAUAAUUGUGACACAGAUAAUAAAAGCUUAAAAAAACAUUCAGUUCUAAAAAUACAGAAGGAAGUCUCUGGAGAAAAGAAACUUUUGAAAUGUAAUGACUGUAAGAAAACUUUUACCAAAAUCUCGACCCUUACACUCCAUCAAAGAAUUCAUACUGGAGAGAAACCCUAUGAAUGUAUUGAAUGUGGCAAAGCCUUUAGCCAGAGUGCCCACCUUGCUCAACAUCAGAGAAUACACACAGGAGAAAAACCCUUUGGAUGUACUGAAUGUGGGAAAGCCUUCAGCCAGAAUGCGCAUCUUAGUCAACAUCAGAGAGUUCACACUGGAGAAAAACCUUAUAAAUGCAAGCAGUGUGAUAAAGCCUUCAGCCAGCUUGCACAUCUUGCUCAACAUCAGAGAGUUCACACUGGAGAAAAACCCUAUGAAUGUAUUGAAUGUGGGAAGGCUUUUAGCGACUGCUCAUCCUUAGCUCAUCAUCGAAGGAUUCACACUGGGAAAAGACCCUAUGAAUGUAUAGACUGUGGGAAAGCAUUCAGACAAAACGCUUCCCUUAUACGUCAUCGAAGAUAUUAUCAUACUGGGGAGAAACCCUUUGAUUGCAUUGAUUGUGGGAAGGCUUUCACUGAUCACAUAGGACUUAUUCAACAUAAGAGAAUUCAUACUGGAGAGAGACCUUACAAAUGUAGCAUGUGUGGGAAGGCCUUUAGCCAUGGCUCAUCUCUGACUGUACAUCAGAGAAUUCAUACAGGAGAGAAACCUUAUGAGUGUAAUAUUUGUGAGAAAGCCUUUAGCCAUCGGGGCUCACUUACUCUACAUCAAAGAGUCCAUACUGGAGAGAAACCCUAUGAGUGUAAAGAAUGUGGGAAAGCUUUCCGGCAGAGCACACACCUUGCUCAUCAUCAGAGAAUUCAUACUGGUGAGAAACCUUAUGAAUGUAAGGAAUGCAGGAAGACCUUCAGCCAGAAUGCACACCUUGCUCAACAUCAGAAAAUACACACUGGAGAGAAACCCUAUGAGUGUAAGGAAUGUGGUAAGGUCUUCAAUCAGAUUGCACACCUUGUUCAACACCAGAGAAUCCAUACUGGUGAGAAGCCUUAUGAAUGUAUUGAAUGUGGGAAGGCCUUUAGCGAUGGCUCUUAUCUUGUUCAACAUCAGAGACUCCACACUGGCAAAAGACCAUAUGAAUGCGUUGAAUGUGGAAAGGCAUUCAGACAGAGGGCAUCCCUUAUUUGUCAUCAAAGAUGCCAUACUGGUGAGAAACCUUAUGAAUGUAAUGUUUGUGGGAAAGCUUUUAGCCAUCGUAAAUCCCUUACUCUCCAUCAGAGAAUUCAUACAGGAGAGAAACCUUAUGAGUGUAUAGAAUGUAGCAAAGCCUUCAGCCAGAUUGCCCAUCUUACUCUGCAUAAGAGAAUCCAUACAGGAGAAAGGCCCUAUGAAUGUAAAGAGUGUGGAAAAGCCUUCAGGCAGAGUGUACAUCUUGCUCAUCAUCAACGAAUUCAUACUGGAGAGUCAGCUUCAAUUAUUCCCUCUUCCUCACCCCUGCACCAGAAAGUUCCAUAGAUUCAGUCUUCUAAAUACCUCUGAAAUCCAUCCACUUUUUUCCAGCUCAUGUCCCAUCGUUGUAGUCCAAGACAUAACCAUCUCAGUUGGAUUUCCGCAGUCGUGUUGCAACCUCUCAAGUGCAUUAUUAACACUGUGACCAGAUUAAUCUUUAAAAAAAAUAAAAAUAUAUAUUCAUGUUACUUUCCUACUUAAAAUGCUGGUUUUGAAGAAUAUGUUAGAUAAUCCCUAUCAAGGGUUCAGCAUGCAAUCCUUGGGAUAAAUAAUCAUUAGUUUAAAUA